AAAAUAAUAAAUAUUAUUUAUUGCAGAUACUGUGGUGUUUGGCCACUACAACCAUCAGCACAUAUUUUGUUGAAAAUAUUACAUUUUAUUUUCAGAACUUUUAAUUACGUAGUUAUGGCGAUUCACUUAGCUUCGGUACUUGCUCCAGCUAUAUAUCACAAGGGCGAUUUAGUAGUGCUCGGUGAUGUUGGAGGGUGGUUAAUUGGUGGAUCUAUGUCAUUUUUAAAAUUUGUAAAAUUUACAGCAUCAUACAAUAGCAUAAUUGAUCACAUCGAAAAAGUAUUAAUUCCAAUAGAUAUAUUACAACAA